AUGAAGAGCGGCACGGCGCCUGGGGGCCGCAGGGCGGCCACUCCGCCGCUGUACCCCGACCGCCCGGACAGCACGACGCCCGCGCUGUCCGACGAGCUCGCGAUGGCGAACAGCGCGUCGUCGCACCCGGUCAUGUCGCGCGACGACAGCGGAGUGCUCGGCAACGGCGGCAGUGACGCGGCCCCCGCGAGCAUGCACCGCGUGGGCAGCGUGGCGAGCCAGGGCGGCCACAGCAGGAACAACUCGCGGGCGUUCCGGUCCUCGAAGGGCGGGCACGCGCGGUCCUUCUCGACGGAGCUCCUGCUGCGCGGGAAGCAGGCGGGGACGCUGGGCGUGCCCCGGCAGUCCGGGGACGUGCACGAGCGGGUCCGCGCGCACUUCCUGGGCGUCGGGGCGACGAAGCCGAUCCACAGCGUGCUCAUCGCGAACAACGGGAACGCCGCUGUCAAGUUCACGCGCUCGCUGCGCAGCUGGGCACAGAGCGUGCUCGGUGACGAGCGGGCGAUCACGGUGGUGGCCAUGGCGUCUCCCGAAGACAUCCGCAUUGGCGCGGAACACAUCCGGAUGGCGGACCAGAUCGUCGAGGUGCCCGGAGGCACGAACAACAACAACUACGCCAACGUGCCGCUCAUCAUGCGCAUCGCCGAACAGACCCAGGUCGACGCCGUCUGGCCCGGCUGGGGCCACGCCUCCGAGGUCCCCGACCUCCCCGCGGGCAUCGCGGAGCUCGACGGCGACGUCCGCUUCCUCGGCCCCCCCGCGGGCCCCAUGGCGGCCCUCGGCGACAAGGUCGGCUCCACGAUCCUCGCCCAGGCGGCCGGGGUGCCGACGAUCCCCUGGUCCGGCACGGGCGUCGUGGUGGACUUCGAGGCGUGCGGCGGCAGCAUCCCCGCGGACGUCUACCGCACCGCGUGCGUGGCGUCCCUCGAGGAAGCCCUCGCGUCGUGCAACAGAAUCGGAUACCCCGUGAUGCUGAAGGCGUCGUGGGGCGGGGGCGGGAAGGGCAUCCGGAAGGUCGCGUCGGACGAGGAGACGAAGAGCGUGUUCAAGCAGGUCCAGGGCGAGGUCCCGGGGUCGCCGAUCUUCACGAUGAAGCUAGCGCCGCAGAGUCGGCACCUCGAGGUGCAGCUGCUGUGCGACAAGUACGGCAACGUGGUGUCGCUGUACUCGCGCGACUGCUCCGUGCAGCGCCGGCACCAGAAGAUCGUCGAGGAGGGGCCCGUCGUCGCGGCGCCCGCGCACGUGCUGCGUCACAUGGAGCGCUCGGCGCGGGCCCUGGCGCGCACGGUCGGGUACGUGGGGGCGGCGACCGUGGAGUACCUCUACUCGCUCGACACGGGCGAGUACUACUUCCUCGAACUCAACCCGCGGCUCCAGGUCGAGCAUCCGGUGUCGGAGAUGAUCACCGGCGUCAACCUGCCGGUGGCGCAGCUGAUGAUUGCCGCGGGGGUGCCGCUGCACCGCAUCCCGGACAUCCGGCGGCUGUUCCUCGCCGACCCUGCGGGCAAGGACGCCAUCGACUUCGAGACGUCGCCGCAGCGGCCGCCCCAGGGCCACGUCGUCGCCGUGCGCGUCACGUGCGAGGACGCGGAGGACGGCUUCAAGCCCACAUGCGGCGCCAUCAACGAGUUGCAGUUCCGGAGCACCCCGGACGUGUGGGGGUACUUCUGCGUCAAGGCCGGCGGCGGCGUGCACGAGUUCUCCGACAGCCAGUUCGGGCACCUGUUUGCGCGCGGCGCCACGCGCGGAGACGCGAUCAAGUCGAUGGUGUAUGCACUGCGCGAGAUUGACAUUCGCGGGGAGAUCCGGACGAUCGUGAGCUACGUACGGGACAUGAUCCAGACGGAGGACUUCAUCGCGAACAACAUCCACACGGGCUGGCUCGACGCGCGCAUCGCGGCCCAGGUCAAGGACGCGCGCGUCCCGUGGCACAUUGCGGUGGUGUGCGGCGCCGUGCAGCGCGCCCUCGCGCGCAUCGCCUCGGUGUCCGGCGACUUCUACAGCGCGCUGGAGCGCGGGCGGCAGGUGUCGCUGCCGUCGUCGCUCACGGAGUUCCACGAGGAGUUCGUCAUCGACGGCGUCAAGUACACGCCGACCAUCACGCGGCGCGGCCCGGCGUACUUCCGCGUGCACCUCGGGCCGAACUCGUACGCCGACGCCGUCGCGCGGCGCCUCGGUGACGGCGGGUACCUCGUGCAGGUCGACGGCGGGUCGCACGUCGUGCAGCACGAGGGAGAGACUCCCACGGGGUCGCGCUACCGGAUCAACGGCGUCGGGUGUCUGCUGGAGCAGGACGCGGACCCGUCGCGGAUCAUCGCGCUGUCGCCCGGGAAGCUCAUGCGGCUGCUCGUCGAGGACGGCGCGCACGUCGACGCCGACCAGCCCUUCGCCGAGGUCGAGGUGAUGAAGAUGCUCAUGACGCUGCACGCGCCACUGGCGGGCACCAUCCGCGUGCGCAUGCCGGAGGGCUCCGUGCUCUCCGCGGGCGACCUCAUCGCGUCGCUCGACCUCGACGACCCCUCCGCGGUCCAGAAGGCGCAGGCCUUCGCCGGGUCCUUCCCCGAGCUCGGACCCCCCACCGUCUGGGAGUAUAACAUCUGUCAGGUCUUCCAACGCGCGCUAGAGGACGCCCGAAUGAUCCUCGCGGGGUACGACGCGUCGUCCGACGAGACCCUCCAGGUCCUCGAAGAGUGCCUCGAGGACCCCUACCUCCCCCUCGAGCAGUUCGCGGCCGCGCUCAGCACCGUCGAGGGCCGCCUCCCCGGUGACCUCGUCAUCGCGCUGCGCGCCGCGCUCGACCUCCACGCAGCCGAGCUCGACCGCGCCGCGCAGGCCGCCGACGCCGCGGCCGCCCGCCCGCUCCCCGUGGCGCUCCCGCACUUCCCAAGCCACCACGUCGAGUCGCUGCUGCUGGGGGCGCUGCAAGAGUGCGAUCUGGGCGAGCGGCGCGCGCUGCGGGGGCACCUCGAGGAGCUCCUGUCGCUGUGCGAGGCGUACCGCGGCGGGGUCGCGGGGUACCGCCGCGGGAUCAUGGCGCAGCUGCUGGAGGAGUUCUUGAGGGUGGAGGAGAUGUUCCAACCCCCACCGGGGUCUCAGAGCCGCAGCGUCGCGGUCCACGACGUCGUCGACGAGCUCCGCGUCCACUUCGCCGGGAACCUCGAGGCCGUCCUGCAGGUCUGCCUCUCGCACCGGUCCCUCGAGAACAAGUGCAGGCUCAUCCUCCGGCUGCUGUCUGCCGCGGUCGUGCACGAGUCGGCGCACUUCCGGCCCGUCCUGCGCCGCCUCGCGCGCCUCCAGGGCGCCCAGGACGUCAGUCAGCGCGCCGAGCAGAUCCUCGAACACUCCCUCAUGUCUGAAUUGCGCGCGUUUGUCUAUCGGCACCUCGUGGCGUCCGCCGCGGCGUCCGCGACGCCCACGGGCACGCGCGGGUCGCUUGCGGAGGUCGGGAGUCCGCGCGAGUCGCUUACGGGCGCCGCCGGGCUCAGUCUCUCGCCGAAAGCGGCCCGCAAGAGCGGAGCAGGUGUUCUCGGGACCACCCCCGACGGUCGGCCGUCGCCCAUCCUGCGCAAGGUGACGCUGGGCGAGGGGCUCACUGCGGGGCUGCCGGGGCCGCGCACGAGCUCGAUGCCCCCGCGGGGCGCCACGCGGAGCGCGUUCGAGUCGGACACGGAUGCCGACGAGUCGGGCUGGGGACUGACCGAGCUGGUGUCCGCGCAGGCGGCCGUGGAGGACGCACUGGCGUCGUUCUUCGACGACGCGCGGCUGCAGGAGGUCGCGGUCGCGACGUACAUCCGGCGCGUGUACCACACGUUCCUGACGUCGGGUCCCGAGGUGGUUUCGAUGCGGGGCAUGACGACGAGCAUCUGGACGCACACCUCCGUCGCGUCGCAGUCCACGCGGCUCGAGCGCGAGCACAUCGGCGUCAUGGUGCUCAUGCCGCGUCUGCGCGACCUCGCCACCGCGCUCGAGAACGUCCGUGACGCGGUGACGGCCGCGGGGCUCCAGCGGCCGGCCGCGCAGGCAAACCCGCUGACGGUGCACUUCGUGCUGCUGAGCCACGACGACGACGCGCUCGCGCUCGACGAGAAGACCUCCGCGCUCGCCGAGCCCGUGCCGAAGGUCAACGGCUCCGCGCGCGGUAUCGGGGAGUCCUUCGACCGUGCCAUGUAUGGUACCGACCCGCUGCUGGUGCGCCGCGCGGUGGCUGCGGCGGUCGCGGGCGCCUCGAAGAGCCUGUAUGAGGUGAACGCGGGGCUCGUGGGGUUCCUGGCGAUGUGCGCGCGUGGCACCCCGCUGCGGUGCACGUUUGUGCGCAACGGCGACGGGCAGGGGGCGUACACGCGGGACCGCGCGCUGUCGCCGCUGUCCCCGCCGAUCGCGAUCGCCCUCGAGGUCGAGAAGCUCCGGUCCUUCCCAGGGGGGGUGUCGUACCGCGCGUCGCGCAACCUGCAGAUCCACCUGUACAGUUGUGCGGAGCGCGCCGACGCCCGCUCGAACCCGCUGUGCCGCGUUUUCGCGCGCGCCCCCGUCCGCGCGCUCCCGCAAGACGCGCUGCACGGCUCUGGCGCCCACGCCGCGGCCGCGACGGUCAUGGCGUUGGAAGAUACGUUCCGCAUGUGCUUGGACGAGCUCGCCUCGGGACGUUUCGUGGCCGGGGACCGGACGGCGCGGCCGGACUGGUCGCACAUCUUCCUCUCGGUGCUGCCGCCGCUGUCGUUCAGCGGCGACGCGCGCAGGGACGACCCUGUGGUGUGCAGAAACCUGCAGGCUGCGGCGGCAGUCCUGGUCAGCAAGAACGGGCCUGCGCUGCGGGCCGCGGCGCUCGCGACGCUCGAAGUGCGGUUCCGCAUGCACGGAAAAGGAGGGUCGUGGCGGGUGGUGAUCCAGCUGCCAACGGGCCACGAGAGCGGCGAGGAGCACGUCGACGUGUACCGCGAGGCCGUCGACGAGGCCACGGGCGGGCUCGUGUACCGCUCGGUGUCCCCGGGCGACCCGGGCCCCCUGCACAACCGCCCCGUGCUCGAGCCGUACGACAAACUCGACCGGAUGACGUACAAGCGGAUGGCGGCGCGCCGAUUCGCUACGACGUACGUCUACGACUUCCCCGCGGUGCUCUCCGGCGCGCUGCGCGAGGCGUGGGCGCGGUCGUCCUCCGGCGGUGCGCCCGCGGGGCGCCUGCUGACGGCCAAGGAGCUGACGCUCGCGCCGGGGGUGUCGAGCUACCGCGGGGAGGUGCCGAUGGAGGAGGUGGACCGCCCGGGCGGGGAGAACACCGUGGGGAUGGUCGCGUGGAUGAUGGAGCUCAAGACGCCAGAGUACCCGUCGGGGCGCAACCUGGUUGUCAUCGCGAACGACAUCACCUACCAGUCCGGCGCGUUCGGCCCCGCGGAGGACGCCGUCUUCAAGGGCGCGGUCAACCACGCCCUCGCGCACGGCGUGCCCGUCCUCUACGUCGCCGCCAACGCCGGCGCCCGCGUCGGCCUCGCCGCGGAGGUGCGGGAGAAGCUCUGCGUGCAGUGGGUGAACGACGACGACCCGACGCGGGGGUUCCAGUACCUCUACCUGUCCGACGAGGACUACCGCGCGCUCGAGAAGGACGGAGAGUCGUCUGUGCGGGCCGUGCGCGUCGACGCGCCCGACGGCGGUCCGCCGCGGUGGCGCAUCGAUUCGGUCAUCGGGCGCGAGGACGGGCUCGGGGUGGAGUGCCUGAGCGGGUCCGGCGCGAUCGCGGGGACGUUCUCCGGGGCGUGGGAGAACGGGGUGACGUUCACGCUGGUGUCGGGGCGCACGGUCGGCAUUGGCGCGUACCUGGCGCGCCUGGGGCGGCGGUGCAUCCAGCGCGCGGACCAGCCCGUGAUCCUGACGGGGCACGCGGCGCUGAACAAGCUGCUCCAGCGGGAGGUCUACGCGAGCAACCUCCAGCUUGGCGGGCCGAAGGUCAUGGGCGCGAACGGUGUGUCGAACCUAGUCGUGGCCGACGAUUUCCACGGAUGUCUUUCUUUCUUGACUUGGCUUUCCUUCGUCCCAGCAGUCAAGGGCGGCCCGCUCCCGAUCACCUCCGGCCCCAACGCGGACCCCAUUUCACGCCCCGUCGCGUACCGCCCCGACAGCUCCCGCGGCGAGAAGCCCGACCCGCGCGCGUGCAUCGCCGGCGCUCCCGUUAUCAGCGCGCUCUCCGCCGAGCCCGACGCCGACGCCGACGACUGGAAGGGCGGCAUCUUCGACCGCGGAUCGUGGGUCGAGUACCACGCCGGCUGGGCCGGCACCGUCGUCACGGGGCGCGCCCGCCUCGGCGGCGUUCCCGUCGGCGUCAUUGCCGUCGAGACCACGUCCGUUGAGCGGCGAGUGCCGGCGGACCCGGGCGUCCCGGAGAGCGCUGAGGUCGUGGCGCAGCAGGCCGGGCAGGUCUGGUACCCGGACAGCGCGGAGAAGACGGCCCACGCGCUGCAGGAGUUCAAGGGAGAGGGUCUUCCGGUUUUCGUGCUGGCCAACUGGCGGGGCUUCUCCGGGGGGCAGUCCGACUUGUUCGCCGGCGUCCUGCAGGCGGGCUCCCUCAUCGUCGAGCAGCUCCGCUCGUACCCGCACCCCGCGUUCGUCUACCUGCCGCCCCUCGGGGAGCUCCGCGGCGGCGCGUGGGUCGUCAUCGACUCCCAGAUCAACCCAGACAUGUGUGAGAUGUACGCCGCCCCCGAGGCCCGCGGCGGCGUACUGGAGCCCGACGGCAUCGUGGAGAUCAAGUACCGCGACCACGACCAGCGCCGGACCAUGCACCGGCUGGACCCCGUCCUGCGGCGCCUGCGCGCCGCAGGGGGUGUCGACGCUGAGUCAGCGAUGCACGAGCGCGAGCAGAAGCUGCGGCCGGUGUACCACCAGGUCGCGCUGGCGUUCGCGGAGAUGCACGACACGCCCGCGCGGAUGGUGGCCAAGGGCGUGCUCCGCGGCGUCGUUCCCUGGGAGGGCGCGCGCACGUUCUUUGCGACGCGGCUGCGGCGCCGGGUCGCGGAGGAGACGCUCGUCGGCAAGCUGAUGGACGCAGCACCUGGCCUGGCGCACAGCGUGGCUCUGCGCGAGGUCCACGCGGCGUAUCUGUCGUCCUCGGCGCCCCCCGCCCCCCCAUCGACCGUCCGGGACGACGGGCUCAUCAUCGACCAUCGCACCGCGGACGGGACGGAGCUCGACCCGCGGGUGGCCGACGACGCUGCGGUGCUCGCGUGGGCCGAGAGCGCCGGCGCGGCGGCGGUCGAGAAGCUCGCGGCGGCUCGUCGUGGGGGUUGGCUGCUACGGGAGCUCUCUCAGUUGAAGGGGGGGGGUGUUUCGGACGACCUGACGUCCGUUCUGAAGGACGUCGACGGAGAGACCAUCCGGAAGCUUCGGGAGGCGCUCCAGCGGGCGUAG